AAAAAAAAAAAAAAAAAAAGGUUGUGGCACAACGUGCAGUUGGAUCUGGUCUUCUUUGGCCAGAGAUUCCCUUCUCUAGCAACAACUUAACAGUGAAGGUGCAUGAUUCCAGACAGUUUUAGUCACUGCAGCGGUUCCACUUGAAUAAAUGUACGUGAUAAGAACUAAUAAUUCUGCAAAUCGGCUCUUUAGGACCUUAGUAGCCUCCUUCACAUUCAUGUUCCCCACGGGCCCUCUUCUUCCAUUGUCAUCCUCCUCUUUCAGCCGAACCAUCAUUUUAUCGCACAAAUCUCGUCUCAUCUUCAUCCUUCUUAUUCCUCUUUUCUCUACUAACUCCCCUCUUAGUCUCUGUUCAACUCUACAAGGACUUCAGAAUGUCUAAACUAUUUAUUGGCGGCCUGUCAUGGCACACCACCGACGAGGGUCUCCGUGAUGGUUUCUCCAGGUUCGGUCAGAUCGAAGACGCUGUCGUCGUUAAGGAUCGUGACACUGGUCGCAGUCGCGGAUUCGGAUUCGUCCGCUUCGCCACGGAGGCUGAAGCUGAUGCUGCCGUGCAAGAGAUGAACAACCAGGAGUUUGACGGCCGUCAAAUCCGCGUCGACAAAGCCUCUGAACGACCUCCUCGCAACAAUGGCGGCUUCCAAGGCCGUGGCGGAUAUAACGGGGGCAACUGGCGUGAUUGAAACGCUGAUAACCAGCCUACGAACGCUACCUCUAACUAAAGCGUGGAUCGAAGUAUGGUGUAGUUGGGCUGGUCCUUUUCGUGCUUUGUUCAAACAGAUUUCAUCGCUCUGAUAAGCUUCUAUCUCGAUAAAACUUCAUGAGACACGAUCACAGAAGAGGAAUUGAAACGCAGUAUGACGGCGGAAGCAUGGUUUUGAUGAAUCACGGAUGCUUUAUCUCUGUUUUUAAGAUCAUACCUCCAUUGCUCAUUUAAUAUUGAAUCUCCAUGACAGAGAGAACAAUUUCAAUCUAUAACCGAAA